UAGCCUACACAUACAUUUUGAAAUCGAACUGUUCUUUAGCUACUAAUAUUCUUCGGCAUUUUGGUGUCAAACUGGAGUGCUGGUAUUCCCAUAAAUGUGUUGGUAUACAAGGGGACUUAUCCGCAAUUUACGGGGAUUUUGCAAUUUAAUCGCUCACUGUUGAAAAAUGUCGGGGAUUUCACGGAUGUUUGUGAGUGCGCUACGAGUGGCCGGGCUCAUAUAGAGAAACAAACAUGUGCAAAACAAAACUUCCUCGCGUGAAACGAUUCGCUCCACCCAAUACGCUUUGUCUGUAUAGGCUACGCUUGUUUGCUGCAACUUCUUCUUUUGCAAACAAGCGCCUCUCGUAGGUAUAACCACAACUCUCUUGGUUUUCUAACUGUGUGGACGAAGGGAUCGUGGCCAUACAUCAAGUCUAGGUGGAGUGAGUGCGAUCGUGAGGAAGCAAUGGAUGGUGGUGAGGAAGCAAUGGAUGGUGGUGUGGAAUUCGACGACAUCAUUCCACUUGUCUUCGUGUCCUUUCUCCAGCACAAGCCCUGUAAGAACGACCAGCUCGCACAUCAGUUGGAUGUCUUGGCACAGGACUUAAAACUUCCCAGGAGGGACAUCAACUGCAAUGGCCUUGCCGAAGAGGAUGGGGACCUGCAGACAGACGGACAUCACUGCUGCAGCACGACGGACCUCGUCGCAGGCCUGGAGCCCAUGGUGGCCUUUGCAGAGGACCCUGCGAUGCUGAGGAACUUAGCAGCAGAGCUGAUCAACAUAGCAGACCAGAUGGAGCACAGGGUGGUCUCCCAGGCUGCUCAGAACCUCAGCCGCAAGCUGCAGAACUCUCUCCAGCAGGACUGGAAGAAGCACCUGUCCGCGGAGGUGGACUGGGCUCUGAAGCAGGGCGUGGGCGUGGGGUCGGGGCUGGAGCAGCUGCCCCACGAGCGCGUGCUGUUGGCCCUCACCAUGACACUGGUGAAGGGGGCGUGUGAGCGCGUCCCCCACCUGCUCAAGGGGCUCUUCAGCGCCGCCCUGCAGUACAUGAGCCCUGUGCGGCCCAGGUGACUCACACAGGUGUGCUCACCUCCGCCACUGUUAGGCAGCCGCAAAUACAGGUCCCGUUUCGGUUUCUGGUGCUUUGAAGCAUACAGAAAAUGUGGCAUUAUGAGGGGUCCCUUCAUCAACCCAUUAGGCUGCUCAGCAGAGGUUUCUGGAUAAAAAUUCUGUGCAAAAUAUAGGCACAAAUAAUUCUGUAAGGGAUUAGCAUUUUUUUUACUGUCUCACUGCCAGAACAUGUGCGCUUAUUUUUGUAUGUCUUUGUAUGUGUAUUUUUUUCCUUUCCAUUGAGAGUUUACAAACCAGCCACUGCUUUACUAUGAAUUGAAUCGACUAUUUUGAUUGUUCUUACAUGAGACUGGAGUGUUAAUUCAGUCUUGUAUCUUGUCCCUGAGCAAGACACCUAACCCCUAAAUGCUCCUGACAAGCUGGUUGGUGCUUUGUAUGGCAGCCAAUCGCCAUUGGUGUGCGAGUGUGUGUACGAAUGAGUUAAUGAGAAAAUCAAUUUUACAGUGCUUUGGAUAAAGGCGCUAUAUAAAAUGCCAGCCAUUUUGUAAGAACUGAAAGUAGGAAAAUUGCUUUGAUCUCUCGUCCCUUCCCAUGUUUUUUUAUGUUUUUGCAUAAACUAGUGUACAAUGUCUCCCUGGUCAUUUGUAAUUCAUUGUGAUAAUCUCAGUUAUGUGGGAGUACUGCUUGUACAAUGAAAUAAAUGUCUUGUAUCAUU